UGCAUUUGACAAUCAUCUUAUAAAAUGCGAUGCAUUUGUUAAAGUACUUAUUACUUUUAUUUUCCUUAACACGGUAAUUAGUUAUUUAAAAUCAAGAACAACAGUUUUACUGAACGCAUCCUAUUUUAUCUGUGGUGAACGUCAAAAAUAAUGUUUCCAGCCUAAAAAUAACUUUUAGGAAAUCGUACUUAAUGUAGGAUUUAGCGUGGAUUUAGCAGAUUUUGUCUACUAUUGCGCUAUGAAAUAGUCAAAAAAUGUGAUAAGUAAUCUUUUGUUUUAAUUUAUUGAAUAUCUUCCAAAAACAGCCUUCUAAUUAUUUUUGGUGGUAACUAUUUUUGUCAUGUCAAUGUCAAACACAUGCCACUGGUUUGACAUGUAAAUACUGCAUAGUGGCAUAGAGGUUAUGUUUAAAUGAAAUUUCAUAAAAAUGGGCCGCAAAAUACCAGCAAAAAAACAUCGUGGCGUUAAGGAUCCCUUAAAACAACAAGAGCAACGAUUUCAGAGCAUAAAAGACAAAAUAAAUGCUCCACCGACGGAUCCUGACGAUCAGCCUGUACCGAAGUCCCUGCAGCGUCUUUUCGCCUUCAAAGAGCCGAGGACACCCGCAUCUAUUGUGAACAAAAAGAAGUCACGUUCGUUAGCAGGUCAUGGCAAGCGUGAUGAUAAUCCAGUGGCAGCUCUUAAGAGAAUGCCAGGCGAGGCUGGCCGUGCAUUCUCCAUGCGUAUCAACAGUGCGGUGCGGGCACUGCACAACGAUGACCAGGAGGACUACCCUUUAGACCUCGAAGAAACAGACACCAGAGGGGAAUACAUAGCAUCGCAACGCGAGCGACGACAGAAGAAGCAUAGACAGGCCAUCGCUAAAGAGAAAGGGGGGCAAAAGGGGGAGAAAGAGGAACGGCUGAGCAAGGCACAGAGAAGGGCACUUAAGAAGAAGGAGCAGCAGAAAGCAAAGGAGGUUCAGACGAAAACAGCUCGUGAACUAGCAGCGCGAGAGUUGCGCUACGAGCGAGUUGCGUUCGGCGACAUCGCGCACGCGCCGCCCGCGCUCACGGCGCCGCGCCGCGCACAGGCCAGCCAGGGCGCACCCCGGCCUGGCCGCCGCGACCUUCUUCUAGCCGGUAUGCUCAAAUCCGGCGCUCCAAGCCAACAGAAGUCUCAACCGACAAAGAAGACUCAAGCGAAACCUCAGGUCAGCGCAGCAGAGCAAAUGAGGCGGGAGCGAGCGCGCUUAGAAGCUGUAGACGCUUAUAGAGCGCUGAAAAAACAGAGGAUGGCUGAGAAGGCUAAGGGGUGACGUUGACAUUAACCUACUAUAUCUAUAUUCCUAAUACUAAGUAGCUAAUAAAAGUCCAUUUAU